ACCCAUUCUGCCCUCAUUCUAUUUACGUGGCUAGACAGCCAUCCACGUGUUAUCGUUCCAAACUCACCCACUGCGCACCCUCUCAUCUCCACCCGUCGCCGAAAUCCGCGAGUUCGCCGGCGACGAGCUUGGCUCAAUGGCUAGCACAAGCGGUUCUAAGGUCCCUGAAUCAGCGGCCCAGCCGCCGACAGCCGCCGCCGCGCGGGAGUGCGAGUCCUGUCGCUCAGCUCCUGGUAUACCAUUCUGCCGCGUAGAGUGGUCCUUUCUCUGCACCGGCUGCGCUGCCGUCGUCCACGGAAACAACUGCAUCGUGUCCGUAACACCUAACCCUAACGCCAAUAUGCCACACUUCCCUUAUUAUCCCUAUCCCUACCCUUACCCUUAUCCUUUUGCUAACCCUAGCUCAGAUCCAAACGCUGUCGUCCAUCUAUCAUCGGAUGAGGACGAGCUUUCUCCGGCGGACGGACAACGGAGGGGGUGGCGUCAGAUUCCCGGGAAAGCAACGUCUUAUCGGCGGAUGGAGAGCGUGAUGCGGUACAGGGAGAAGAGGAAGAGCCGUAAGUUUGAGAAGACGGUGAGGUAUGAGAAUCGGCGGGCUUACGCGGAGCUGAGGCCGAGGUUGGAUGGAAAAUUUGCUAGCAGCAAGGGUGGCGAGGGAAAGGAGGUGAGGGGCCCGACGGAUGCAGUUGAUGAGGUGGUAGAGAAUGCGGGUAAGGACGGGACGGCGAUGGGGUAUAUAGGAAUGGAUCAGGUUUCGGUGAGGGCUGAAGCCGGUGGCGAGUUGGAUGGAUUGGUGGCUGGUGGUGUGGAGCUAGGGCAACCUGAUUUCAUAGAGGAUGUGAGGUUUCAGUGAUCUAUUGGAUGAACCUCAGAGGUUGUCCAUUUUUCUAGGUUCAUAGUGGUUUUGGAUAUACAUAUAUGGCGUUGAAGCUGCUUGUUUUUGAAGCUAUCAGCCUCAAUCAAGUUCCAGCAGCAAUUCAAAGUCCAGCAUGAUAGCUUGCCCUUCACUAAGUUUGUGCGGAAGGGCUUUUCUUUUCUGUUGGGAUUAUUUCAAAAUUAUUUUAGAUAUAUGGAAUUAUGUCUUAAAGGAGAGAGAAAGGAGAGAGAGAUUUGAAUCCAACAAUUUCUUUAGGGGUAUGCAAAGUUAUCAUUUGUUAUUGAUAUAUAUUUGUUGCAUGCUCAUAAAAUGGAUGACCCUUGUUUUCUUCUCAUUGUAACUAUUUGUUAUUGAUAACUACCUAGUUAAGUUUGUUGCAUGUAAAUCGUAUAUUUUAUAAAAAUAUCAAUUUAAU